UAGAUGUAGAUUUCAUGUUUAAUUCAACGUAAAUGCAGUAGACCUCAGAGACAAAAAACUGAUCCCGCAACGCCCUUGUCUUUGGACAUAUUGAUAGUAAUUUAGGUAGAUAUGUACUUACUCAUGUACAUUUUCUUUUAAAACAGAACAAAACAUAAACUUUAUUUCAGACUUGUACAAAAUACAUCAUCAUCAGACAAAAUAUUAUCAUUUAAAUAUUUCAAAUAUAAAUCACAUUCCAUAAUUAUGUAAAAUGUUAACAAUUUUUUUUUGCUUAAUUUAUAAUUGGGCUAGCACAAAGCAAAAUGUAUUUGUUAUUUCUGUAACUACAGAAAUCAUACAAUCAAUGAUAUUUAUUUAUGCUAUAUUACACAGAGGAUUACAGUCAAACAUAUUCUUGAACAUCACUGUGGGUUCAAAUCCUGACACAGUGACUUUUGAUUUUUCACAUCAGGCAGCUAUCCUGAGUUUGCUUGCAGUAUGCCAGUGGUUCUUAACUCAGGUGCCUGCUCAUGCCUGAAACUAUUGCACAAUCAGGAACCUGGGGUCUUCCUAGAUAAUAAAAAUCGGAAAGUGACCAUAUGACCUGAAUUGGUGUUGGCUUAAAACUUGACCAAAAAAGUCUUGAACAGCCCAAACAAAUAUAUCUAUAAAAAGGUUUCCUAAAAGUUGUUAAUUAUUUACAUAAUAUUACAAUUAUUGAGUAUUACUAUUUUGUUGACAGAAUAUUGUCAGAUCUCAGCUUAGAGAACAAAGGGGAUUCACGCCCAGAGGCAAUCUCUGGAGGCAUGCAGAGGAAACUUUCUAUAGCUAUAGCAUUUGUUGGAGGAUCACGCACAGUGAUCUUGGACGAGCCUACUGCCGGUGUCGACCCCUACUCGCCUAAAGCCAUCUGGAAUCUACUCACUUAAUACAAGACAGGAAGGACAAUUAUGGUGUCCACACACAAUAUGGCAGAGACUUUGGGGGAUAGGAUUCUAAUUAUAGCAGACGGCAAACUGAAAUGUGCUGGUACCCCAUUUUACCUUAAGUCUAAACUAGGGGAUGGUUACCGGCUCUGCAUUUUGAAAGAUGAAGGUAUGCAUACUAAUGGACCUUCAGAGCUGAAUGGGAAUAAAGAUGCUCAGAUUCUCACAAUGGUAAAACAGAUAAUCUCAGCUGCCUUUAUAUUCAAGCAUGUAGACAAUGAGGUCCAUAUGACAAUCCCAGUGCAGACGGACGAACAUUUUGUUCCAUUAUUUAGACUUCUGGAGGACAAGAAAAGUGAGUUGGGGAUAGCGAGUUAUGGUAAAUCAGACAGUCGUCUUGAACAGGUGUUUGUAAAGGUCACAAAAAGUUGCGAGGGCAACAAAAUAGCUGGGAUUGUCUACACUUCUCACCUAUAUGUACAUCUUUCUCCUUGAUCUUAUAGUUUUAGUAAAGAUGAGGGUGUCCGACAUUCUGUCCGUGGGCAUGUCUUGUAUUCAAUAUAUUUUUAUAUCAAUGCAACUGUUUAUAAAUAAAUGGUUUUCUUAUGCAUUGCUUAUGUCACAAGCAUCGACUUGGACUGUAAUAUAUUGCAUGGUGCUUUUUUGUAUACCAUACGUAAGCUUAAUCGCAAAUAUUGUUAACAUAAAACUGUGCAGUAAAUUGAUCUGUUAGUAAUGAACAUUCAUCAUUACUGCAUUUUGGGAAAUGAUUUUUUCUUAAUUGUUAAGGGCUUUUAUUUUUUUAUUUAUUGCAAGUUCAUUGUCCAAAGUUGAAUUUCUUCCUGGGAUUGGAAUAUUUUGGAUUGCAUUUUUAUAUUUUGCUCUAUUGGAAGAAUAGUGAGGCUUCUGUUCUUACUCUGGCAUUGGGGCUUGCAUAAAAUGAUGUAACAUUUUCAUUAAAGAUU